AUGUCAUCGACAAGUGGCGCGCACGCGGCCGAUGCUGAGAAGAACCCCAAACUGGAUUCCCUGAACACACCUUCCACCGUAAAUACAGAGGAUAUCAUCACAAGAAACCCUAAGAAUAACAUGUCGAUAAAUAUGGACAGCGAAGCACAGAUCAGCAAUUCCACACGCGAGACAGCUGCCACUGAGGGAGAUGGCGGCGGCGGCAAUGGUCAUGAGUAUCCGACUGGCCUGCAUCUAGGCUUCAUCAUCAUCGCCUUAUUCCUUAGCGUAUUCUUGGUGGUUCUGGACAUGACUAUCGUUGCUACAGCGAUACCUAAAAUUACAGAUGAAUUUCAACGCCUCGAUGAGGUCUCUUGGUAUGGUGCUGCCUUCCUUAUGUGCAGUGCUGCCUUCCAAUCAACUUGGGGGAAGGCGUACAAAUACUUCUCUCUCAAGACUAGCUUCCUGAUCUCCAUCCUUAUCUUUGAAGUCGGAUCCCUCAUCUGUGGAGUCGCUCCUCAUAGUGUGACGUUGAUUGUAGGCCGCGCCAUUGCUGGUAUCGGCUGCGCUGGUAUCGCCUCGGGCGCAUAUAUCAUCAUCGGUUUCAGCGCCCGUCCAGCGAAGCGUCCAGUCCUCACAAGUGUUCUAGGGGCGUCUUAUGGUGGUGCCUUUACUGACCAAGUGAGCUGGCGAUGGUGUUUCUACAUCAACUUACCGAUCGGAGGCGUCUCGGCCGUCAUAAUACUGUUCUGCUUCUCCACGCCGCCCCAGGCCGUUCCGGCGGCUGCGCCUCUUCGGGAGAAGCUCCUACAGAUGGACCCUCUUGGGACGGCACUCGUCAUGGGCUUCAUUAUCUCCUUCCUACUCGCUCUGCAGUACGGAGGCAUCCAGCACCCUUGGAGCUCCUCCGUGGUCAUCGGCCUCUUCGCCGGCUCCGGUCUCAUGCUUGCUGCCUUUGUGGCACUCGAGUUGUUCCAGGGCGAGCGGUCGAUGAUUGCACCUCGCCUCCUCAAUGAUCGGACGCUCUACAUCUCGUCUUCGUAUGCGUUCUUCUUCGCCGGCAGCUUUUUCGUUUUGAUCUACUAUCUUCCCAUCUAUUUUCAGUCCAUCCACAAUGUCUCACCAAUAAUGUCUGGUGUUCGCAACCUACCAUUCAUCAUAGCAGUCACCAUCGCUACCAUAGUGUCUGGUGCUUCAAUCACCAAGACCGGAAUUUAUGCCCCGAUUUUGGUUGCUAGUGCAGCUAUUGCGACAGUCGCAGGGGGCUUGAUCUACACCCUUGAUAUCGGAACCGGUAGCGGCAAAUGGAUUGGCUAUCAGGUCCUCGCCGGCCUCGCCUGGGGUGCCGGCUUACAAGUCCCAAUGAUUGGCACCCAGGGAACAUCGAGAGAGUUAGACCUGGCUUCUAAGACCGGCAUCCUCCUCUUCUUCCAAAUUGUUGGAGGUGCCUUCCUCAUUGCUGUGGCCCAAACCAGUUUCCUCCAAACCAUGCUUAAGCAGAUGCGCGAGAUGGCACCUCAGGUCUCACAGUCACAGCUCGUCCAAACCGGCGCAACUGAAAUCCGGCAUGUUUUCGAUGAAAACGUAAUACUGCUGGUCCUUCGAAGUUAUAUGGACGGACUAAAGGUUGUGUUCGCCCUCGUCAUUGCUGCUGCUGGUGUUGCAUUCGCAGUGAGCUUAGGGUCGAGAUGGUCGAAGUUGGAAACGAAGAACUAA